AUGGCGUGUGUAACAUUUCGAGAACCAGUAUCAGCCACCGUGGGAAAGCGGAUGGUGUUCACAGGCCCAGAUUAUGUAAAAGAUCACCUCCCUCAAGUUGCUCAGCACACUGCCUAUAUAGGAGAAAAGCAUCCCGCAAUAGAGAAAACUGGAGAUCUCAGAUAUUUAUGGAGGCCUGCCUCGAACAGAAGCUUGCCAGCUAAAUAUAAACCUGAGUAUGUUGGUGAAAUUGGCUGGGGAAUACCAGAGUAUGAUUUUAUCAACAAAACAAGGCUUCAGACUGGCUUUCACAUCAAGUAUGGAGAGCUCAGUCAAGCUGCUAUUGACAAACUAAGCCACAGAUACCAGUGCCCAUGGCAACCCAAUCCUUCUAUUAUGGACAUGGAAGGAAGCUCCAGUCGUGGUUUUAUUGCCUGGCACAUGGGGGAUUAUGAAGACACCAGCCAAAGAAACUCCAAACGGGCCGUCCUCCUCCGACAGAGCAAGGCAGCCCUGCCAAUAGGGUCCAGACCGCCAAAGCCGCCGAAGCUGCUGAAGCUACUGAAAAAGGAGGAGCCAGUCCCCUCAUGCGCUCUGCCAGAGGAUGACAUCAAGGCCACUGGCGCGAAGGCGGUACACGCAGGCUCCACUGUACCACAGUCCCUGGUGUCCAGGGUCCCCGUGCUGACCGCCUUCUCAGGACAGCAGGAUCGCCUCCUCCAGCUUGGGGAGCGCACGCUUGCACUCUGA